CUUCCACCUCCCACCGGCUGUCGUAAAAGGUGAAUGGAGAGAGAGUUGUGGAGGGGAGAGGAGGGAGGACAGGGGGCGCGGAGUCAGAGUGGCGCAGCAAGUAGCUGCAGGAGGCGGUGGCAGCGGCAGGGGGUGGGGGUAAGGUAGUCCCCUGAGGCGAAGGCGGCUGAAAGGGGCCAGGAAGCAUCCGGGCUGCAACCCGGCCUGCUGGCUCUAGGACCGGAGCUCCCGCUCGUGGACAUGGACCUCAAUCGGAUCAUCCAGGCGCUGAAGGGCACUAUCGACCCAAAGCUGAGGAUUGCUGCUGAGACGGAGCUCAACCAGUCCUACAAGAUUAUUAAUUUUGCCCCCAGCUUGCUUCGGAUCAUAGUCUCUGACCAUGUGGAGUUCCCUGUGCGUCAGGCAGCUGCCAUCUACCUGAAGAAUAUGGUGACACAGUACUGGCCAGACAGGGAGCCUCCACCGGGGGAAGUGAUAUUCCCAUUCAAUAUCCACGAGAAUGACCGGCAGCAGAUUCGUGACAACAUUGUGGAAGGGAUAAUUCGGUCUCCAGAUCUGGUGAGAGUCCAGCUAACAAUGUGUCUCCGAGUCAUCAUUAGACAUGAUUUCCCUGGUCAUUGGCCUGCAGUGGUCGACAAGAUAGACUACUACUUGAAGUCACCAAACAGUGGGAACUGGCUCGGCAGUUUACUGUGCUUGUAUCAGCUGGUGAAGACCUAUGAAUAUAAAAAAGCGGAAGAAAGAGAGCCUCUCCUGGCGGCCAUGCAGAUAUUUCUGCCUAGAAUUCAGCAGCAAAUCCUGCAGCUGCUUCCGGAUGCUUCCCAUUACUCUGUGUUGCUGCAGAAGCAAAUUAUGAAGAUCUUCUAUGCUCUCGUUCAGUACGCACUGCCCCUUCAGCUGGUGAAUCACCAGACCAUGACUACGUGGAUGGAGAUCUUUCGGACCAUCAUCGAUAGGACGGUCCCUCCGGAGACUCUUCAAAUAGACGAGGAUGACCGGCCGGAGCUGGUGUGGUGGAAGUGUAAGAAGUGGGCCCUGCAUAUUGUCACUCGUCUCUUUGAACGGUAUGGAAGUCCAGGAAAUGUCACAAAAGAGUACUUCGAAUUUUCUGAAUUUUUUUUGAAAACCUAUGCAGUGGGAAUUCAGCAGGUACUACUAAAAAUUUUAGACCAAUACCGACAGAAAGAGUAUAUAGCGCCCCGUGUUCUUCAGCAAGCUCUCAACUACCUGAACCAAGGGGUUGUCCAUGCAGUGACGUGGAAACAGAUGAAGCCACACAUGCAGAAAAUCUCUGAAGACGUCAUUUUUUCCGUGAUGUGUUACAAAGACGAGGAUGAAGAGCUGUGGCAAGAAGACCCGUACGAGUACAUCAGGGUGAAAUUCGAUAUUUUUGAAGAUUAUGCUUCACCCACCACAGCGGCCCAGACCCUCUUGUAUACAGCUGCAAAGAAAAGGAAAGAGGUAUUGCCAAAAAUGAUGGCGUUCUGUUAUCAGAUACUAACAGACCCGAACUUUGACCCCAGGAAGAAAGAUGGAGCCCUGCAUGUGAUUGGUUCCCUGGCUGAGAUUUUGUUGAAGAAGAGUUUAUUCAAGGACCAAAUUGAGUUGUUCCUGCAGAAUCAUGUAUUUCCAUUAAUAUUGUCUAACCUGGGAUAUCUUCGAGCUAGAUCCUGCUGGGUGCUUCAUGCAUUUAGUUCUUUGAAGUUUCACAAUGAGCUCAACCUCAGAAAUGCAGUAGAGUUAGCAAAGAAGAGCCUGAUUGAAGACUCGGAGAUGCCUGUCAAGGUGGAAGCUGCCCUCGCACUGCAGUCGCUGAUCUCCAACCAGACACAAGCCAAGGAGUACAUGAAACCAUACGUGAGAUUCAUCAUGCAGGAGCUUCUGCACAUUGUCAAAGAGACGGAGAGUGAUGAUGUCACUAACGUCAUCCAGAAGCUCAUAUGUGAGUACAGUCACGACAUGGCCUCCAUCGCUGUGGACAUAACCCAGCACUUGGCUGAGAUAUUUGGUAAAGUUCUUCAAAGUGACGAGUAUGAGGAAAUUGAAGACAAAACUGUCAUGGCCAUGGGAAUUUUACACACUAUCGACACUAUCUUAACCGUUGUGGAAAACCAUCCAGAGAUUAUACAGCAGCUGGAGAACAUCUGUCUACGAAUCAUUGAUCUUGUCCUACAGAAGCAUGUCAUUGAAUUCUAUGAGGAAAUCCUUUCCCUGGCAUACAAUUUAACCUGCCAUGCCAUCUCCCCGCAGAUGUGGCAGCUCCUGAGCAUUUUAUAUGAAGUUUUCCAGCAGGAUUGCUUCGAGUACUUCACAGACAUGAUGCCUCUCCUGCAUAAUUACGUGACCGUGGACACCAACGCGCUGCUGUCCAAUCCAAAGCACUUAGAAGUCUUGUUCACAAUGUGCAGGAAGGUGCUGUGUGGAGAGUCAGGGGAGGAUGCCGAGUGCUACGCUGCAAAACUCUUGGAAGUCAUCAUUCUUCAGUGCAAAGGAAGGGGAAUUGAUCAGUGUAUCCCGCUGUUCAUUCAACUCGUCUUGGAGAGGUUAACCCGCGGGGUCAAGACGAGUGAGCUGCGCACCAUGUGUCUUCAGGUGGCCAUUGCGGCCCUUUACUACAGCCCUGAGCUGCUGUUCCACACGCUGGAGCGAGUCCAGCUGCCACACAACCCAGGACCCGUCACGUCGCAGUUCAUAAACCAGUGGAUGAGCGACACCGAUUACUUCCUUGGACACCAUGACCGGAAGAUGUGUAUAAUAGGACUAAGCGUGCUCUUGGAGCUGCAGAACCGACCUCCUGCCGUGGAUGCUGUGGCUGCACAGAUCCUCCCCUCCAUUCUCUUCCUUUUCCUUGGCCUGAAGCAGGUCUGUGCUACACGACAAACAGUAAACCGUGAAAAUCACUCAAAGGCAGAGAAAGCUGACAUAGAGGAAAAUGAGGAGAUUUCCAGUGAGGAGGAGGAGACAAGUGUAAACGCUCAAGCUAUGCAGUCACAGAUCGGCAGAGGCGAGGAGGAGGAGGAUGACGACUGGGAUGAAGAAGUGCUGGAGGAGACAGCCCUCGAGGGCUUCAGCACCCCACUGGACCUCGACAACAGCGUGGAUGAGUACCAGUUUUUCACACAAGCUCUGCUGACUGUGCAGAAUCGGGAUGCUGCCUGGUACCAGCUGCUGGUGGCACCACUCAGUGAGGAUCAGAAGAGAAAGCUACAGGAGGUGUACACGUUGGCAGAGCACCGAAGGACACUGGCAGCAGGGCAGUUCCACAUUUGAGGACAGGAGCAUCUUCUCUGCGUUUAAUUUUGGAGCUGCGCCCAGCAACACCCGGAAGGCGCAUCCACCGUGCACCGAUCGGCGUCACCGCUGCUGCUUAGUACACGGGUUGAGGGCCAAGAGGGAAACAAGGGACUGAGUCGUCGGCAUCAGGCGGCCACGGACCUGUUCUCCCUUUCCUUGACCCUUCUCACCCUGGAAUAUAUAUAUUUUUAACAGCUACUGUAAUGUAUGAAAUUUUAAAAAAGCAGAAUCAUUGAUUGGAAAGGACAGAGCGUCUGCUCUGAAGGCUGACCGCUGAGGGGUUAGAGUUCUGUAUCGGCGCAUGUCUCAGGUUUUUGCCAUGAAGAAUCAGUGGAUUUAUGCAGAUAACAGUGCCUUCUGUUGUACAUGAAUAAUCAGAAAACAAUUUUUUUGGAGUGCAUUGCAAUUUUUUUAAAGCAUAAAACAUAUUUCUAGAUAUCCUGUAAACCUUGGUUAUGUCAUUUCAUUCUGCAUUUUACUCUGUGAGUUGACCGUCAGACAGUUAGUGCAGGUCUCACUCUGGCUUCAGAAGCAUCCCUGCACCCUUGGACCACCCUGUGCCCAGAGGCUUCCUUCAAGGGUCGGAACUCAGGCAGUGGCUCUGGUUUUCCCUAAGACAUCUGUGGCUAUCCUAAGAACUGUCUGGUUUUCCCUAAGACAUCUGCAGCAUCCUAAGAACUGUUAAGAACCGUUUCCCACCACAUUUUCUCUCUCGAGUGGAAUGAUGAUUCUUUCAGGAUCGCAAGUGUAUUGAUAAUAUUGACAACCUGCUAGUUUCAGGCUUCACCCGCUUCUUGGCAGCCAGCAGCAGGGACUUGUCAGUUACUGGGCUUAGCAGAAAGACUGAUGGUCUUAUGGGUCAUGUGUUUAAGUGAUACUGCAGGGGUUGUGGGCAUCCCAAUAUGAAAGCACACUGAAGUUCUAAGCAGAAGGUGACUCCUGGGUGGGGGCUCGGUCAGUAGUUACCAUUCCAACCAUGUUGGACAGGGCCCAAAGCAUUUUUGUUUUGUUUUUUUUUUUGUUUUUUUUUUUUUCCCCUUUUUCCAUUCAGCCCUCCCUUCUUUCUUUGUGAGAGAGAGAGACUGUUUCUGUAUGCAACCCAGGUUGACCUCAAGAUUGCAGUCCUCCUGAGUCAGCCCCAUGGCUGCUGCUAACACACCCAGCCGGUGGGUUUUGCUACGUAGUUCUGGCUGGACUGGAACUCACUCUGUGGCCUAGGCUGACCUCAGACUUGCAGCAGUCCUCCCUCAGCUUCCCAGGGCUUGGAGUUACAGCCGUUACAAAUGGUAGACGUCUUUUCAUUUAGUAAGAAGACCCGACAGCCUAACCUAACAAUCUGCUCUUCACGGUCUGAAGUCUCUCCAGCCUGAUUCAGCUCAGUCUUUAUUACGGCUCAGUUGCUUUUUCAUAAAUUCCUCAAGGGUUGGUCUCUUGGCCAGCUGGGUUUACAGGUGAGUGAUGACGUCACUGUCGCAGACGGCUUUUCCCGAACUGUUCAAAAGCAGACUAUGAACCAUUGUGCUUUCAUUCGGCAAAAUGAAAAUAUGUUAUCAGGACUCGACAUAUUUCUGGAUGUGAUACAGAUUUUGUUUAUGUGAAAUACCUGCAGCUUAAAUUUCCAUCAGCAACUGGCAGGAUUUUCCGGGUGAUUCCUGAAUUAUCAAUCCUUACUUGUAUUCCUUUUUUUUUUUUUUUUUUUUUUAAAUUUAGGUUAUUUAAUUUUUUUCAGAAGUAGCUUUAAAAAGCCACAUGUUUAAGAGUGAAAUCACCCUGUAUUUUGCCAUCUCUCAUUUUUCAGGGCACCAAAGCUGCGUGUCCCCCAGCAGUUAGAAGGGAAAGAUUGCAUUGCGGGGGCUUUAGACCUCUGAAGUAGUCCGUUUUCUCCCAUGUCUUAUGUGGUUUAAUUGUAACAUAGGUAGUAUGCCUUCACACUGGAUCCCAGGGGCAUGGGCUUUGGAGAUCUUACUUCAUGGUGAAUUGUCAUCUGCAGUAUUAAAGGGAAGACAUAUUCCUGCGCAUCACCAUACCUUGUUUUUAAAGCCAGAGUCAUUGUAUGAUUUUUAUUACCUGAAGUGCUAACCGGAAUGUGAUCUGGUUACCUUGGAAAUGCAGGAACUUUUAUGAAUGUACUGUAAAAUAAAAUGUGGGCUAAUCCCCAGGAACUGAA